AUGGCACCACCGUAUCUCAUAACGCUGAACAAAAUACCCGGCAUUGACCGUCAUGAGCUUCAGAAGCUGGCGCGGAAGGAGGGCAGUGGCAUCACAGACGAAGCCCUGACCUUCAAGAAGUCCUUCCAGACCGUCGUUCGGCCACCCACUACGAACUACAAUAUUCACGACGAUUAUAUAAAGCAUCCCCCAGAAAAUGUUUCCCUGGUGCCGAUGGAAAGUGUAAAUUUGGCAAAAAAGAGGGCUCAUUCAAACCUUAGCCGAUGGAGAUAG